GGUCAUUGAAAUGUCGGAGAAGUCAGCAGCCCAGAAGGUUUCCACUUUUGGAGGAUUUCUCGCUGGUGGUCUCGCAGCAUGUGGAGCCGUGACGUUCACCAACCCUAUAGAACUUGUCAAGACAAGAAUGCAACUCCAAGGAGAGCUGUCUGCGUCAUCACAGAAGGUGUAUAGAAAUCCAUUCCAGGCUUUGGUCACGAUCUAUAAGAAUGAAGGUGUCCGAGGGCUACAGAAGGGGCUUGUCUGUGCGUAUAUCUACCAACUAGGUCUAAACGGUUGUAGAUUAGGUCUCUACGAGCCCACUAGACGUUUGCUCAACGGAGUGCUGUUCAGGAAAGAAGAGGACCCAUCAAGAAUCCAAUCCAUCCCUGUUAACGUUGUAGCAGGUGCACUUUCCGGUAUGGCAGGUGCUGUUAUUGGCUCGCCUCUAUUCUUGAUCAAGACUCGUAUGCAGAGCUACUCUGAAAAGGUGGCCGUUGGUGACCAAACCCAUUACAAGAGCACAUUUGACGGAUUGUAUCAGAUCUGGAAGAAAGAAGGUAUUGCCGGAUGGUUCAGAGGCAUCAACGCUGCCAUCAUCAGAACCGGUAUGGGCUCUUCCGUUCAAUUGCCUAUCUACAACUGGGUGAAGAACUUCCUUCUCAAGCACCAUCUGGUCGAUGAAGGUUACUCCUUGCACCUCAUCUCGUCCACAUUUGCCGGUAUCGGUGUCGGUGUGGUCAUGAACCCGAGCGAUGUUAUCCUGACGAGAAUGUACAACCAAAGUGGCAGCCACUACACCGGUGUCGUUGACUGUUUUGUCAAGACCGUGAGGAUAGAAGGCUUUGGUGCACUCUACAAGGGCUUCUUCGCACAGCUGAUGAGAAUCGCACCUCACACCAUCCUGACGUUGACGUUCAUGGAGCAGACCAUGAAGCUCAUGCACAGAGUGGAGAGGGACUUCCUUGUGCUAGAGGUAUAGAUAUAGAACCACCAGCAUUAGACUUAGCCAACAGUGUUAUUCGUUUCGGA